AUGAGUUAUUGCUGGUGUAUUUGGAAUAACAGGAAUGAUCUUGUGUGGAAUAGUCAGCCAUGGAACUCAGUCAGAAAUGAGGCAACAUCUCUAGUUAUGGAUUGGUUGGGAAGCAUUGAAGGUGGUGGGCUUGGAUUAAUAACUUCAAAUAAUCCAAAUACGGUCCCUAUCCAUAAUGCAGAUAGUGUAAGUGUGUUUGUUGAUGCUGGUAUUUUUUCCGAUACUGGUGAAGCUUAUUAUGACAUCUUUGUUCAAGAUGGUAAUGGAACUUUCGCAGGAGCUAAAAAUGGACAUGUCAAAUGCUUGAAUGAUGCUCAUCUAGAGGAGGCCUUGGCGAUCAGGGAAGCACUAUCUUGGCUUAAGGAUAGGGGUUUCAACAGAGUUGCCGUGUUAUCAGAUUGUCAAAUGGUUUGCAGGUUUCUCAAUGGCACGUCUCAGGAUCUUUCAUAUGCUGGCUGCGUUUUGCGAGAGUGCCGUGAUCUUAAAAGACACUUUGAAUCAGUGUCCUUUCAGUUUGUUUCUAGAUCAGUGAACAAAGUAGCUCAAGCCUUGACAAGAGCAAUGCGUUCUCAAACUGGUCCUAAUUGUUGGUUAUUUUCUGUUCCUUCUUGUAUUGAACAUCUUCUUUAA